GCGCUGUGGUGGCUGGAGGCCGGGCUGGCCGCCGCGGUGGCGCUGGGGCUCCUGCUGGCCUUGGCGCGGCAUCUGUGGGCGCUCCGCUGGAGCUGGAGCCGGGACCGCGCCUGCGCCCUGCCCCUGCCCAAGGGCUCCAUGGGCUGGCCCUUCUUCGGCGAGACGCUGCACUGGCUGGUCCAGGGCUCCAGUUUCCACAGCUCCCGGCGGCAGAGAUACGGCUCCGUGUUCAAGACUCACCUGCUGGGCAAGCCGGUGAUCCGCGUGAGCGGCGCCGAGCACGUGCGGCGGAUCCUGCUGAGCGAGCACAGCCUGGUGGACGCCCAGUGGCCCCUCAGCACCCAGAUCCUUCUGGGCCCCCACACCCUCCUCAACGCCCGCGCCGACACCCACCGCCAGCGCCGCAAGCUCCUGGCGCGCGUCUUCAGCCGCUCGGCGCUGGAGAGCUACUUGCCGGGCGUGCAGCGGCUGGUGCGAGGGGAGGUGGGCGGCUGGUGCCGGGCGGCGGGGGCGGUGGCGGUCUACCCGGCCACCAAGGCCUUGACCUUCCGCGUAGCGGCUCGCGUCCUGCUGGGGCUCCGCCUGGAGGAGCAGCGCUUCGCUGAGCUGGCCCGCGCCUUCGAGCAGCUGGUGGAGAACCUCUUCUCGCUGCCCCUCAACCUCCCCUUCAGCGGCCUCAGGAAGGGAAUUAAGGCCCGGGACCUGUUGCACCAGUACAUGGAAAAGGCCAUCCUAGAGAAACUGCAGCGGAAGGACGCAAAGGCUGAUAGUGAUGCUCUGGAUUUCAUCAUAGACAGCACCAAGGAGCACGGCAAAGAACUGACCAUGCAGGAGCUGAAGGAGUCUGCAAUCGAGCUGAUAUUUGCGGCUUUCUUCACGACGGCCAGUGCCAGCACUUCUCUGAUUCUCCUUCUCCUUAAACACCCCUGGGCUAUCAAAAAGAUCCAGCAAGAGCUGGCAUCCCAUGACCUCCCCAGGCAGUGCUGUUGCUUCAUCACGGGACGAUCUCCAACAAGCCAACAGGCCUGCCGAAAGACAGUCAGUGAACAAGAGGUUCAACACAAGGACUCUGAGGCACCUCUUCCACCCAGGCUGGGAUGGAAAGCAGGGACAGACCCAAGAGGGGAGGGGAGAGCUUCUCCCUUGCCUCACAUGAGACCUGAGUGCGAUUGCCAGUCUUCCCUGACCCUGGAGAAGAUGUGCCGCUUGCGCUACCUGGACUGUGUUAUCAAGGAAGUGCUCCGUUUGCUGCCCCCGGUGUCUGGAGGCUACAGGACAGCCCUGCAGACUUUUGAGUUGGAUGGCUACCAGAUCCCCAAAGGAUGGAGUGUUAUGUACAGUAUCCGGGACACACACGAGACUGCCAGCAUCUAUCAAAGUUCCCCAGAUACAUUUGAUCCUGAGCGCUUUUGGGUACCCCAGGAAGAGGGUGAGGAACACAAAGCAGCUGGCUCUGUCCGCUUCCACUAUAUCCCCUUUGGCGGGGGAGUCCGGAACUGCAUUGGCAAGGAACUGGCCCAGGUCAUCCUCAAGCUGCUUGCCAUUGAGCUGGUCAGCACGGCCCGCUGGGAGCUAGCCACCCCUCACUUCCCCAAGAUGCAAACGGUGCCGAUUGUGCACCCCGUGGAUGGUCUGCAGCUCUAUUUUCAUCCCCUGAAGCCUGGGAGAGAAAGUGGUGAGCCCAACAAUGCAGACACUUGAAC